AUGGGCUGCUCGAGCAGCACGCCAUCGGCGCGGCUCCUUGUGAUCCUAACUUGCGCCGCAAGGACUGCCGCGACCACCGUCAGCGUCACGCAAGACGUGUGGCGAGAGAGCGCCGCCAGCGCCCAAGCUGCCGCGAAGCCGGACUGGGCCGCCGCCGACCGUCAAUGCAUAGCGACGAUCGCUUCCGCGAAACCGCCCUACCUGUCGUAUGACGGACGGGACACGACGGAGCCGAAGCUGUGCCGCGUGGACCACGGCGGUCCCGUCGACGCCGACAAGACGACGGUCUUGAUGUUCGUGAACGCGCCACAGUACUUGGAGCAACGGGGCAACUGGGAGGCCUUCCUCAACAAGGCGUCGUAUUGUAGGAGGACGCGGCGCCGGUUCUACAUCUGGAUCGGCGUGCCCCCUUCAAAUGUCCUGAACGCGCGCGUCGACGCGCCGUGGGCGCGGUGCCGGGACAAGACCCGUGGGCUAGAGAACACGUUGAACGGCGUGAAGAACCUGGCCUUUCUGGCUUUAUUCGACGACCCGUCCAUCGAUAAAGUUAUGUAUAUGGACACAGACAUGUGGGUCUCCUCGGAAGAGAUAGAACCGGAGGCGUACUUCGCGCUGACGGACGCGGACCUGCUGGGCAACCAGAACCGCGUCGGCGGUCCCAAGAUCCCGAUGAACGGGGGCCUCGUCUUCGCGCGGAAAUCGGAAUUCACCCAACAGUUCUUCGCGCUCUGGUGGCGGGGCCGCUGCGGCGCGCACGACCAGCUGCCGCUCUGGGCGACGUUGUUUGCCGCGUGGUCGGCGGCGACGGACGGCGCCUACAGCUUCAACGACGAGCAUUUCAAGAAGUACAGUCACGCGCACCUCGAGGCCGUCUCAUUACUACAAAGGGACGCCAUGUACAUCCGCCAGAAAGCCAAUAUGGAGGGCCCGUACGACGGGGGCAACUUCUCGGCGACGGGUUUGCUGGAUGUGCCUCUGGCAUUGCCCCACGUCCUGCUACUCCCCUCGGCGCCCGUCGGGUCGCUGCCCGCGGUGCGGUCGGACCCCGUCCGCUCGCGGCCGACCUUCGUCUGCCACACGCGCAUCGACAAGGACGAGUACGGCCAGUGCGUCGGCGCGGACGUCUGUGCUGCGGGGAGGUGCGCGCCCUUCCUCGCGCUGACUUCGAAGUCGUCGUUUGCGAUGGGGCGGUUCGUAUUGCUGGGCUUCUUCGUGGCGCUGAACGCGGCCGUGCUGUCGCGGCGGCCGGCGCUGCGGCGGCGGCUCGCGGAGCGGGUGUUGGCGCUUUUUUCUGGGGGGAGGUGA